CAGUUUCGGAAAGCAGCGGCCGGUUAGUCGCUCGCGGAACUUUGGCCGUAUCGGAGGUGCACGACGGCAUCAUUGCGUAACCGGAAGGAUCCACUGGGAAUUUGGGGUGAACCUUGUGGGUGGAGAGGGGUUGUUUAUGAUAGUGAAAAUAUAAAUGCAAGAUCCGCAUACGGGAACGUGACGCGUGCCGCGGGAAAUUUGAAGAAGGACACGGUGCAACGUGACGGAAGCAGAUGUGAUUUUUUAUUAGUUUUAUAAAACCACCGUUAUACAUAUUUUAUAUGUACGCGAGAGAACUCGAAAUUUCUACGAAAGUAAAAAACACUGCGAAAACUUGCACCGUGGAAAAGGUGUCAGCCGUGAAGGUUGAAAUUGAGUAAUAAUAUAUAAUUUUUUCGUAAAAAUUAAAAAAAAAAUAAUAUAUCGUAUAAUACUACAUACAUUAAUAUAACGUAUGGAUAUAGUUAUUAUCGUCUGGAUAUAAAAUUUGACGUAAUGUUUGCCAGAAUGAAGUCAUCAUCGUCCUCGUUCGGAUAAUAGUUUUUGUUCCUAGUUUCAAGGUGAAAUUCGAUUUGUUUUCAUGAACCGAAAAAGUACCUGGUGCAGUGUUAGAUAUUUCUAAUGAAAGGACAAUACUACCGUCAUUAAAGAAAGUGUUAAUUGCUCUGUCAGAAAUUGUUAGUUUGCUGAACAAUAAUUUUUCUUCGUUACCAAUACAUAUCGGGUUUACGAGAACUUCAUGUUGUUCACGAGUGCCGAAAGUUUCUUAAUUAAAGCGGCAGCUUCGAAAGUGUAGCAGGAGCGAAUGUGUUUGUUCGUCGAUAUAAUUUUUACGUGAGAAAAAAAAAAGAGAAAGAAAUCUUUUUCCCGUUUUUACGCAUCUUGCCAUCCUACUUUUUUUAUAUUUUGCGUCAACUCUGAGUCGGUGAACAUUUGAAUUCGUGUUGACUUACAUUUCUCAGCUUCUCGGGUCCACGCAACCGCAAUUUGUUUACAUAUUAUCAUUCGACGGAAUUUUCAAUUGUUCUCCUUUUUUUUUUUGGUGAAAAAAUGAAAAAAUUGAUUCAUCAGGCAAUCUCGUAAUAAGUCGUGAAGAAUUCGAUAAAAUCCCUAGAGAGAAUCUGCGAAGGAGGCUGGGAAUUAAGUGUAAAAAAUAUAACCUUGUCCCCCUAAAAAAAAUUAAAAAAUAAACAGGAUGGAUCCUAUGGUGAUUUUUCUUCUGGUAUUAGCAGCCAUUGUACGAGCACCUGAAGUUAAUGGUAGUACCAAGCCAUGGAUACAUACCGAAGAACUAAGCGCUGAACGCGGAACGGAAGUGAUACUACCGUGCCAUCUGAAGUUGCCGGAAUGUGGCGGACUUCACAGUGUGAAGUGGUAUCACAACUCAACGAGGAUCUUGAUGUUCAGCGAGAGUGCAGGCCUGACCCGUACGGCUAACGAUAUAGCGACAAAGGCCGAGAUAAUCAACGAGGCCAACGCGACGACAAUUUUAUUGAAAAUACCAAACAUCAAAUUAACAUACGAAGGACUGUACAAGUGCGAGCCUACUUAUGCGGCUGUCAAUCGUGAAUGUAAUUACAUGCAACAAAUCGCCCUUACCGUAACUGUACGACCAAAAUACGUUCGAGUGAUAGACGAGGUGUCAAAAUCAACCCUACCUUCAGGGACGUCAUUGGGACCCAUAAACGAGGGUGACAAAAUAAUAUUGAAUUGCGAGAGCGACAAGGGAAGACCAGUUCCGGAGGUGGAGUGGUACAGAGAUGAUCAGCGUCUCGAAGCCACCAGUACCUCGAAGGUUGAUGAAAAUGGAAUUGGCGCUCGUUCCAGUAAAUUACAAAUGCAAAUCACAAGGAAGGAAUUGGGCGCCGUGUUCACCUGUAAAACGAGCAGUCCAGCCUUGAAGGAGCCUCUGACAGUUGAAAUCAACUUGAACGUACACGUUCCACCACUCGCAAUGGAUCUCACCGGGUUUGUCGAUCACGUAGUACAGGGUACGAACAUUGUACUCGAGUGCACCGCCAGUGAAGCCAAACCGCCUGCGAAUGUUACAUGGUACAAUGGGACUACGGUUCUAACCAAGGAUAAUGAUCGACUUGAAAUGUUACGCACGGAAUAUAAUUUGAGUGCCGACGGAACAUCCAAGACCACCAGUUACCUGUUAUUCACUGCCAGCGCUUACGACGACGAUAAGACGUUCAAAUGUCUCACCGAAAAUAACAUCACGCGUCUCCAGAGUCCCAGACGCCUGGAGAAAACAACCACCAUAACCGUACAUUAUCCACCAAUAGUCAAGCUGAACCCCAAGAAUAUCACCGUCAACGAGACCGAAGACUUUUUGAUGUUUUGCAAUUACAGAGCGAAUCCUUCGUCGUUAAAGAAGAUAACUUGGUUACGGGACGGAGAGGAACUCCAACUGAAAGGGGAUCAUUACGACGGCGGAAUAACCGAGCAGACGGCACUUAAGGUGAAAAAUUCCACCCCAAGCGACAUGGGAAUUUACACAUGUAUCCUAGAGAACAGCGUGGGCAAGUCGACCACUCAGGAUUUUAUAGACGUCUCGGUGCUACACAGACCCACUGUAGCUGUUACCACGGAACCAAAAGUUCCAGUAAAUGAGGAAGAUCAUCUUAACGUGUCCUUGACCUGUGAAGUAAUCGCCGGUUACCCGACGACUCUCACGGCUGUUCGAUGGUAUCUCGACGGUGACCUUCUUAAGGAACUUCCCGACUGCGCCAGCAAUUCGACGACGCCGACAAGCGACGGCGACGUCGAGGAUUCGGCGACGUUCUGCGACAUCGAUCCUAGCAAGUUAUUACUUGAAGCUGUCGGCAGAUCUUUUCAUGGGAAUUACUCGUGCGAGGGCAGAACUGAUGCUGGAUGGGGUCCAGUAUCAGCCAGUACCCCGGUUGCAGUAUAUUAUAAACCAGGACCUGCCACGAUAUCGUACGAACCGCAGCAAGUCAUCAGGAAGGGUCCUUUACGGAUUAAUUGCUUAGUGGCUGAUCCUGGACGACCGGAAGUGACGGGAUACAGGUGGACACGCGGAUCUUCGCGACUUCCGAACGAGAAAAAUUCUGUGCUGAACAUAAAGUCUGUGAAUCUGACGAUUGAAGCCAACUUCACGUGUCUCGCGUACAACGAGGCAGGCGAAGGGGAACCCGCGAGUACAUUUAUCAACGUUUGGGCCGCCCCAGCCUUUAUAAAAAAGUUACCAUCGUAUCACGGCUCCCCGUAUAAUUCUCCCAACGUUAGUAUCGAGUGUUGGGUUGAAUGUGACCCCAUGUGUAACAUAUCAUGGAUGAAGAACGGCGUCCCCAUGGAUUUCUCGAAUGAUAAUCGUUACUAUCUACAAGAAUUUCGUCAUCCACCUAAUCCCAACACCAAUGAUUUCGAAAGUAUUCAGUCCAUCCUUAUAUGGAAGUUGACAGAAUGGCCAGGACAUCAUCUGAACGAAUUCGAGGAUAACGGAAACUUUACUUGUGUAAGCAGUGGCAACUCCAUUGGUCCAGGUGUUAACAGCAGCACGCUUUUCAAAGUCGAUUUCCCACCUGUAAACAUGACGAUCACCAAAAGUGUCGUCGACGUGGUUGUGGAUCGCAUACCGGAAGUUGUCGAAUGCGGAGCAACCGCACAUCCGACACCGACUUUCCGAUGGUACCGCAAUGAUUCCAGUGAUAUCUUCUCCCAGACUCAUAUUUUUGCCCUAAAGACACCUGUGCCUCAACGGAGUACCGGUACCUACAUCUGCGAGGCUAAAAAUCAACUUGGCAGCAACACGAUUUCAUUCUUCAUGAACGUCCAAUUCAAACCAAAGUGCACCAUCGAGAAGCAUCAUAUCAACUCUAAGGAAUACGUGGUUUGUUCAGCCACCGCUAAUCCUAAGGAAUGCAAUUUUACCUGGUCCCUCAAAAAUGAGAAUGAGACCCUGGAGCAAGUGGGUGAGGAUCGUGAUGACGGCAAUAGUUACCUGUUGCUCGAUAGCUCCGUGAGCAACACCAGGAUAUACGUCUGCGUGGCGAACAAUAGCAUUGGCUUUUCAGACGCCUGCGAGCUUCGCGUUGAUGCUCACAAUGGAAAUAACAGUAAUGUGGGUUGGUGGUCGAGACUCGACGAUGAUCUUAAGAUAAUAGUCAUAAUAGUGGCUUCCGUCAUAGUACUGGUGAUGGUGAUCAUCUGCAUAGUUGUGUUCCUGAUAUUCCGCCGCAAGCGCAAUCAGGUAAAAUACAAUAACCGGGUGGUCGAGUUGGAAGAACGUGAACAUCCCGAAGGCGGUCCCCCAAGUCCUACGGCUUCAUCGCAUUCAACUCAGGGUCCAGCAUUGCCGACUCCAGCACCAAGAUGGCCACUGAAGCCAGGCGUCUUGGUGCACAUAAAUCGCACGCACAGUCUUCGAUCUGGUUUGACUAUUCGUGGGAACGAAACGCGGCAUGGAACCCGUGUACCCAUUGAUGAAGCCGAUUCAUAUCGAUCAGUGGUAUCGGUAAUGGGGACGCGUGAAAAUUCUGGUCAAGUAAGAAAUCGACGGCCGGUGCGGCCGUUUCGACGCGGAAAAGACGAGAACCAGAGAGCCCUGAGCAUGUCCGGUGUGCAUGAUGAGGGAAUGUUGGCAAGAGCCAAUAGGAUAAGAGCCAUGUUUGCUGGACAAAUGAAGGAACCCGACACGUUUCCGGGCAUCUCCAGGGAAAAGACAGCCGUGACUUACAAGAGAAUUGCACCCCGGACAAUGCACAAUGCACCUAUAGCGCAGCAUUCCCUACAGAAGAACUGCCAAGUCUCGCGUAAGCGUAAGAAACCUGGUGCAGAUCCCAAUCAGGCAGCGAACAAUAACCACGUGGACAGCGUUUCGGAAAGACUUCCGGAACCCGAGACGAAAACCUUUUACGAGAAUUUGCCCUUUCAUGGAAUUCAGACGCCACCAAAUAAGUUGGUAUCCCCUAAGUUUGCUCGAGUUUCGGCUUUGCAUGGCACAUUGCGCUCGAGUCCGAACACCAUGACCUCAUCGUCCUCGAGGAACACCAGCCCCUGGCCCGGUAGUUCCGGUUACGGAAGUACCCGAAGUCACUUGGGUCCCCACUACAGUCCCAAUAACAUGCCGAGGAACAAUUCACCGGAACCACGAUACAACACGCUGAAGCCACGCAGACGGAAGCAUAAGGCUCAAUUUUACUCAUUACGAUUGUGUCGACGACAUCAGAAUACGCACAGGAAUUACCAACUGUACGCCAUACCGAUUUACAAAAGCUGUCCUCAUAAGAAUGCCAGUACCAGUACCAUUGCUACUACCUUAAGGUCAUCCGAGGUCAGUCCCACUUCCACCAUCACGAGAACCAGCAUCGCGGGUAUAUCCAAUCUCGCUCAAUCGGAUGUGCCUAAUUCUACGAUGAGUAUCAGUAACGUGUCUGGGGAUUUUCUCAAUGAAUCGUCGACUGUGCUACCACCUACGCCAGCACCACGAACGAGGAAAACCGAUCCCUCCCGUCAUACCUACCAAAACGUUCCACCUCCUGUUUUUCCAAUGAAAAACUUGGCGCUUCGUAAUAUCAAGCCCUUCAAGCCGGAAUUCUCGGAUUUGGAUUACGCCGAUGUGGACUAUCGAUCUUAUGGUCCGAUUAAUUACAAGGCAGCCAGUGUCGCCCUCUUGCAGAACCGGAAGCAGCCACCCGGAAUUCAGCAGAAGGAGCCAGAGCGUCGUCCCCAAAUGUACGGUGUACUGGACGACGAGGAAUUACUGUGAAUUUUUCGGCGACAAACUACUGGCGCAUGUAAAAGUUCCACUAGCAUGAGAAGCGGAAGAGAGAAAACAAGAACAUGAAAAUCCCUAAACGAGAAUACGGUGACGUGUUUGGUGUGUCAUAUGUGAGAAAAUAAAUAGAAUCACCCAAGGUGAAAGAAAAUAAAAAAGAACAAAAUAUGUAAAUAAAAAUUUGUAUGCGCCAGACUCUUGUGCUGUGGGAUCAAAUAAAAUUUUUGAAGUCCAAGACGAAGAACGAGGAAAGCAAGAUAACGCUAUCCGUAUAGCACGAAUAUUGUUUCCUGUGGGAAGAAAGGAAUCAAAAAACUGUACAGAAAGAAGGAAAUACUUUGUAAAAAAAAAUGAAUAAGAAAUUACCAGAUACGAGAAUGUCGCAUUGGUGAAUUAGGAUAAUAAUUUACGAGGGAUUAUUAAUUCUCCGUUUCGUUUCUCUAUUUUUGGUUUGGUAUAAGCCAGAUGCGACACGAAAAUCAUUUCUGCAGUGGGGUUGGAAAAAAAUUUUAACUACCCCUCACAGUGGAACUCUGUACAGAAUAUACAUAUGCAUAUAAUGUAAUGUCGUGGCGUUAUGGAGGGUAGAUUUUUCUCGCGGUUUGGGAUUUUCAAAAAUUUCAUCUGGCGAGGAUGAAUGCCAUCGUUGUUGUUGUUCUUGUUGUUGUUGCAGUUGUUGUUUAAAGAAAUUAUUUUUCUCCCAACUAUUUUUGUCGUGUUUUUACGAUUUUCCGUAAGAUUUCUCUCUAUUCGCCCUCUUUCUCUCUCUCUAUCUGUCCAGUAGCCUUCUUUUGAAUUUUGGAAAGGUAUCGUUCGUCUUUUAUUUGUACGAGCCGUAUUAUUUUUCGUGGGGACACAAAAGAACUACCCGUCAGUGCCAGCGUACGCGCGAGACUUAUCCAUAAUUAAAUUAAUAAUCAAUAUUAAAUAACAACUUUAUUAACGGUAGAGUUAAGUGUAUCUCCAUAUUACAAUAACAGCGGGAUUUAUGGAUGUGAGAGAACAAAAAUCCGCUUGGAAACUCGACAAGGCUUUUUCACCACGGUCGAUACUUAUUCAGGACAAAUUUACAAUAUUUUCCGAAAUUGUGAUUUAUCAAAAAAAAAAAAAAAAAAGUAAAAUACCCCAAAAUAUCGUACUCGAUAUCUUGCUCUGGCUGCCAAAUAAAACUGCCGGUUAUACACAGGGUAAAAAAAGAAAUAAUAAGUAAACGAAUAUAGUAAUUAAUUAAAUCAUUAGCACUUUACAUUAUCCGUGAUUUUACCAACUUAUGGAAAAUCGUUGCCCGAUCAUUUUGAAAAUAUAAACAAAUCGAAAACAAUCCUCAUAAAGUUCUCCCUUAUCACAUUCUCAUUUUUCAUUAUGCAAAACAAACGCACGCUGUAAACAAUUGUCUCAAUAUUAUUCGUAACUCUCCGGUGUAAUCUGCUCGCAAGAGGAGACUUCUUCAUUAUCGAGUGAAUAAUUGUUGAAAAAAAAUAAUUUAUACAAAUUUUUUACAGUGCAUGCGCCAUACAGCUAUUCUCUUUCGUUAGAGAAACGGAAAGCUGUCUGGUAAAAAAAAAAGAAAUAGAGAAAUAUGUACACAAAAAAAACUAGAAAAACAAGAUAGGUAUACUGAAUAACACGAAAAGUGUGAAUCGCAUUGUGCAAAUAAAACAAUAUAAAACAAUGCCUUAUCCAGUUUCCAACGUGCGCCGGCGAAUCCUGCAUUUAAGUUACAAACGCAUAUACUAUACGUAUAUACAUUUAUGGAUAUACCAUAUUUAUGUGCAUAUAUACAUUACAUAUAUAGUAUAAUGUAUGCUAUAUAUUUUUGAAUACGGUAUAUAUGCACAUAUAUAUAGUAUGAAUUUUCUUUUUUAAUUUCCAUUAGGGGUAUAUAUGUAUUGGCGCCAAUUCCUCGCGUGCUUUAUUUUUGUCUCUUUCUGUUUUCAUCCCGUUUGCACGAUCAAGCGAGGCAAAGCAAACAAAAAAAGUUAUGGAACGAAUGGAAAAAUAAAUAAGCCAAAAAAAGGCGGUUGCGCCUAUUCUGUCCAUUACUGCGAUGAACUUUAUUUUAGACCACUUGUACCAAAUCGGAUUGUACCAAUGACUCUAAUAAAGGAUUACUGAUAAUGACGUAAUAA